CUCCUGUCCUUUCCUUUUCAGCAGCUGUAUCGAUAGUCCAGGAAAACGACACGUGUAAAUAGAAACAAGUGGCCAAUUCCUACAAACAAUUAGUGUAUCAAGAUGCAGAUGCUUACGAAGUUUGAGUCGAAAAGCAACCGCGUUAAAGGCAUUGCAUUCCACCCGAAGCGUCCGUGGAUUUUAGCGUCGCUGCAUAACGGGUGCAUUCAGUUGUGGGAUUACCGCAUGGGCACCCUUCUCGAACGAUUUGACGAACAUGAUGGUCCUGUUCGAGGUAUUGCCUUCCAUCCCACUCAGCCUCUUUUUGCAUCCGGUGGUGACGACUACAAAAUCAAGGUCUGGAAUUAUAAAACGCGCCGUUGCCUUUUCACCUUGAGCGGCCAUCUCGACUACGUUCGUACCGUUUUCUUUCAUCAUGAGAAUCCUUGGAUUAUUUCAGCUUCAGACGAUCAGACUAUUCGCAUUUGGAACUGGCAAUCGAGAACCUGCAUUGCCAUCUUGACAGGUCAUAAUCACUAUGUCAUGUGCGCUCAGUUCCACCCGAAGAACGACCUCGUGGUCUCCGCCUCCAUGGAUCAAACUGUCCGUGUUUGGGAUAUCACCGGUCUUCGUAAAAAGAACCAGGCACCUACUUCCAUGGCUUUCGAGGAUCCCUUUUCUCGUCAGAGUCCUCAGGCUGAUUUAUUCGGAAGCACCGAUGUCAUGGUAAAGUAUGUCUUGGAAGGCCACGAUCACGGUGUCAACUGGGCAUCUUUCCAUCCCACGUUGCCGUUGAUCGUAUCCGCAGGUGACGACCGUCAAGUCAAGCUUUGGAGAAUGAGCGAUACACGAGCUUGGGAGGUGGACAGCUGUCGAGGUCACUUUAACAAUGUGUCCAAUGCUAUUUUCCAUCCACGUCAGGAGCUCAUUCUGUCGGACGGUGAAGACAAGUCGAUCCGGGUAUGGGAUAUGACCAAACGUACCGCGGUGGCCACCUUCAGACGAGAUCAUGAUCGUUUCUGGGUACUGACGGCUCAUCCUGAACUGAACCUAUUUGCUGCAGGUCAUGACAGUGGUUUAAUCGUAUUCAAGUUGGAGCGUGAACGUCCCGCUUUCCAGGUUCAUCAGCAACAAUUAUACUAUGUCAAGGACAAAAUCAUUCAUGUUCACGAUUUUGCAAGCACCGCUGAUCAGGAAGUAUUGAGUGUGCGCAAAUUGGGUUCUCAGUAUAUUCAACCCCGCACCUUGUCCUAUAACCCUGCCGAACGCGCCGUGCUUUUGACUUCGCCUCAUGAAGGUGGGAUCUAUGAGCUUUAUCACUUGCCCAAGAACUUGUCGGGUAGUCUGAAAGAACCGGCCGAUGAAGCCAAGCGUGGUACCGGACAAUCGGCCUUGUUCAUUGCUCGUAACCGUUUCGCCGUGUUUGACAAGGUCAAUCAGCAAAUUGAAAUCCGUGACUUGUCCAACACUGUGACCAAGUCCUUCAAGACGCCCACUCAAGUCAAUGAAAUCUUUUAUGCUGGUACCGGCAACCUGAUUUUAUCGUCCGCCAAUUCCGUCAUUUUGUUCGAUAUCCAGCAACGACGUAUUGUCAAUGAACUUCCAGUAGCUGCAGUGAAGUACGUUGUAUGGUCUGCCGAUUAUGGCAUGGUGGCUUUGCUUAGCAAACAUUCCAUCACGCUCGCCGAUAAAAACUUGACCCAGAUGUGCCAGAUUCAUGAGACCAUCCGUAUCAAGAGCGGUGUUUGGGAUAAUUCGGGCGUCUUUUUGUACAGCACAUUGAACCAUAUCAAAUAUGCUUUGCCACAAGGAGAUAACGGCAUCAUUCGCACUUUGGAACAGCCCGUGUAUUUGGCCUCAGUGAAAGGAAAGACGCUGUACAUCCUCGAUCGUGACGGUCAGGCUCGCUCCAUUACCAUUGACCCUACAGAGUAUCGAUUCAAGUUGGCUCUUAUCAAACGUCAAUACGAAGAAGUGCUCCACAUCAUUCGCAAUUCCAAUCUCGUCGGUCAAUCUAUCAUUGCUUAUUUACAAAAGAAAGGAUAUCCUGAGAUCGCCUUGCAUUUCGUUCGCGAUGAUCGCACACGAUUUGAACUUGCUUUGGAAUGUGGUAAUUUGGAUAUCGCGGUUGAAACUGCCAAAAAGAUGGACAAGUAUGAUUGCUGGAGCAAAUUGAGCACCGAGGCUUUGAGACAAGGCAACUAUAAGAUUGUUGAACUUGCUUAUCAACGCACCAAGAACUAUGAUCGCUUGUCCUUCUUGUAUUUGACCACCGGCAACGAAACCAAUCUCCGUCAAAUGAUGAAGAUUGCUGAACUCCGUCAAGACCCCAUGUCCCGUUUCCAGAACGCUCUGUAUCUCAAUGAUGCUGAAGAACGGGUUCGCGUGCUCCAAGAUGUCGGUCAAAUGCCGUUGGCGUAUUUGACUGCCAAAACUCACGGACUUCAAGAACAAGCCGAUGCUAUUUUGGCGGCGGUGGGCAAGACCGAAGACGAAGUGGAAUUACCCAGUGUAUCCGAGCGUUUGCCUUCGCCCAUGACACCUAAAGUGCAAUUAGAAGAUCCCAACUGGCCUCUGUUGACGGUUUCCAAGAGCUAUUUUGAAGGUGCUUUCGCGCUGGCUGAACAGAACCCUACUGAAGCCGCUGCGGCUCCUUCGUUCUUGUACAAUGACCAAAUGGAUGCUGCGGAAGAAGCCGGUGGUGCGUGGGGUGUGGAUGAUGAUGACUUGGAUAUUCCUGGUAUCAAUAACAAGCAUGCCUUGCAACCUGAUGCCGAUGCACUGGAAGCCGAGCCUGGUUUGGAAGCGGAUGAAGAAGGCGCUGGAUGGGAUGUGGAUGAUGAUGAUGAUAUCCGCGCACACAUUGAUUCCGAAAUCAGUCGAGCGGCAGCACAAGAAACGGCCGAAUUCGUCGCUCCUACCCCCGGCACGAGCGAAACAGCCGCCUGGAUACAGAACUCACCUUUGGCCGCAGAUCAUAUUGCAGCAGGGUCCUAUGAUACUGCAAUGCAGACCUUAAAUCGUCAAGUGGGUGUUGUCAAUUUCGAACCGUUGAAACCCUACUUCUUGUCCAUUUCGCAAGCUUCUUGUGUCUAUCUAUCAUCGAUGCCUUCGAAUCCAACUUUGCCCUUCUACCUUCGCCGCCAACCCGAAGAUUCGAAUCCACGCACCAGCUUGCCGGUCACCGUUCACAAUUUCCAACACAUCGUGUCCAACCAGCUUCAACUGGGAUACAAGCUUUUCUCGGACGGAAGGCUCGCUGCGUCGGCCACUCAGUUCAAGCAUGUUCUGCAUUCCAUUCUAUUCACAGUGGUGGCUAACAAAGUGGAAGCCGAUGAAGUGGAACAGCUCAUUGGUAUUUGUAAAGAAUAUAUCAUGGGUCUCGCGAUAGAAACCAAACGUCGAGCUACGGCUGGUACCGAACCGGAAAGCUUGAAGCGUGCUUUGGAAUUGGCGGCGUACUUCACCCACAGUCAGUUACAGGUUCCCCAUCUUCGACUGGCGCUCCGUCAAGCCAUGAAACAAGCCUUCCGACUUCGAAACUUUAGCACUGCCACCCACUUUGCUCGACGCCUCCUUGAAUUGGCACCACCCCAAAAGGCUGCCGAUGAGGCUCGCCAAAUUCAAAGCGUAUGUGAACGCAACCUACGAGAUGAAAUUGAGUUGGAAUACGACCAGUACAAUCCUUUCGUGGUGUGUGGUAUUACGUUUGAGCCGAUUUACAAGGGUUCUCCUCAGGUCAAUUGUCCCUUCUGUCAAGCCAGCUAUAAGCCUGAAAUGAGCGGAAAACUGUGCACUGUUUGUGAAGUGGCUCAAAUUGGAGCCAACGGUUCUGGCCUUCGAGUCAUGUUAUAAAAUUUUUGCUUAGCUCAAUUUACAACCAUUUUCUUAUCAAACACAGCGAGCGAGAUAUAACAAAAAAAAAGCCAAAACAAAAAAGAU